AAACUUUUUUCAGAUGAAAAAGCAAUUUGGUGAUAAUGAAGCAAUUACUCAGGAAAUUGUUGGUUCUGCUCAUGUGGAGAAUUAUGCUUUGAAAAUGUUUUUGUAUGCAGACAAUGAAGACAGAGCUGGGCAAUUUCAUAAAAACAUGAUAAAGUCCUUUUAUACUGCCAGUCUGCUGAUAGAUGUUCUAACAGUAUUUGGGGAGCUCUCUGAAGAGAACAUCCAGCACAGGAAGUACGCCAGGUGGAAGGCAGCAUACAUUCAUAACUGCUUGAAGAAUGGAGAGACUCCUCAGCCUGGGCCUAUUGGAAUGGAAGGAGAGAGCUUUGAUGCUGAAAGGGAAGAAGCAGGGUCAUCUUCUCUCCAUAGUGGAACAACUCAACCAACAUCAUCAUCUACAUAUGAAGCUAACAACAUACCAACUAGUAAUUACACUGGCAUACAUAUACCACCAGGUGCCCAUGCACCAGCCAACACUCCAGCUGAAGUACCUCAUAAUACAGGAGUGACAAGUAACACCAUUCAGCCUGCUCCUCAGAAUAUUCCUCUAGUUGAUCCUUCCCUUUACAGUGCUCAGUCUGCAGGGGAAGUCCGUUUGACUCCAGAGGACUUUGCCAGAGCUCAAAAAUAUUGCAAAUAUGCUGGCAGUGCUUUGCAAUAUGAAGAUGUGAGCACUGCUGUGCAGAAUCUACAGAAGGCCCUCAAGUUACUGAUUACGGGCAGAGAAUGAAGCCUUUAUCCAACAUAUUCAUCUCUUUUGCCUAAAGAUCUAACACUUUAUUACUGUACCUGUUAGGGGAGUGGAGUUAUACAGAAGUUCUUAAUCCCAUCACCCAUGACAAUGAAAUCACUGUUUCAGUGUCAGAUUAGCAAUUAAUGGUACAGUAGGAAUCUCUGUUUUCAUUUUGCAAAUGGUGGAGCUAGAAACAUGAAUGCAGUGUCUUGAUGUAAGCAAAAUACUGAAGAAGGUACUGUGAACACUGUUCAAGAG